AUGGAAAAUAAAGCACUAUUAUUCUCAUCAACAACCGAAAAUAUUAUUAUAGAUGAAAAUAAUAAUUCUGUAGUCUUUAUUUCAACACUCGCUUAUAAUAAUGUUACUAUAGGCGACGAAAGUUUAGGACGAGAAAUAUGUAGCGAAUGUGGAAUGCGAUUUCCCGACUGUUUGGGAUGUCAGUUGUUCACUACUGAUGAAAAGGUUGAAGAAAAAAAGAAAAUGGAAAAGAAGAAGUAUAGAGGAGUUAGUUUACGGCCUUCAGGGAAAUGGACGGCCGAGAUCAUGGCUCCAGGGAAAGUGCGGAAAUGGCUGGGGACUUUUGAGACAGAGGAAGAGGCUGCAAGAGCUUAUGACCUUGCUAACAUUCGAUAUAGAGGAAGGAAUGCCAAGACGAAUUUUCGGGUGAUGGAUUACCUUACGGAUGAUCAGAUACAUCUAGAAGAAGAAGCUGAUGCUUCUGUUAAUUAUACUGAUCAACAAGGUUACGGAAUCCACGAUAAUGUUAUGUUCAUGAAAAGGUUCAACAUGGACAGUUGA